CGGAAGCGAAAACAGUAAGAAGACACCAAGACACAAGAUGGGCCGUUCCCGUUCCUCGCGUCCUGCCGCUCGCCCGGCCCCUCGCCGCGCUCCGGCCCCCGCCCAGCCGCGUCGCUCUGCGCCCGCACCGGCUCGCACGCAGGCCGCUCCCGCUCCGGCGCAGCAGAGCUCCAGCAGUGGCGGCGGCAUGAUGAGUGGCCUCAUGGGUACGGUGGCCCAGGGCAUGGCCUUCGGCACGGGUAGCGCUAUUGCACACCGUGCCGUGGGCGCCGUCGCCGGCUCGUUCUCGGGCGGCUCGGAUGCCCCGCAGCAGCAGGAGGCCGCUCCGGCUUCGCAAGACUACCAAGCCACACAGCCGCCCCAGCAGGACCACUGCGGCCCCAACCAGAAGGCCUUCCUCGAGUGCCUCAACAGCAACAGCAACGACAUCAGCUCUUGCCAAUUCUACCUAGACCAGUUCAAGCAAUGCCAGCUGCAGCAGCAGAACACCUUCGUGUAGAUGUACAGAUCUGCAGACCGCUUUUUGACAAAGAUGCGAGCAUUGAUACCACGACAACGACCCCGUACGCGAGAGAAACCUCAAACUCAUUUGUUUGCGCCACUGAUUCCCUUGUCAGUGUCGUUGACGAAUAGGAUGCGUGAUUUUUGCUAGUGUGAAUACAGCGACGAGAGCACAAUUGAGCAACACAAAUAAAUAAACUACACGUGCAAACUGCACAGGUUCGCCGUUAGUUGUCUUAUUCUGCUUCAGCUUCUUUAUUACUACUACAGUAGUAUAGUACAGUUUAGUCAUUCCCCUUCAUCGGUUCCCGCUAAAGGUUGAUUCUGCUUCUUGUGGACGCAUAUGCGGCUACGACUCGGAGCCUCGUAGAACGAGGGCACAUUCGACUCACACGUCAAGACAUGCUGUCCCUGAUAGCACGCAGUAGUGCGACUUCAUAGUACAAACACAAGUAGUAGUUCCAUUUCAACCGUCAUAAGCACCGCGCAUUUAAGUCAAUUUCCUCUUGCUUUUAGUCAUCAGAUGUGAGACGAUCGAAGCACCAAAGCGAUAUAUGUACUCAGUACAUUGUACCGUACUGUAGCGGCCACCACACGGAUGAGUCUUGAAUCUCAUCAGGACAAGCAGCCAAUUCAAUUGACACGAAGAGUGCCUUCAGGAACUUGAAGGACCGCGAACUUUCUUUUCAGUUCUGUCUUGCCGUACAUACUGCUCUUGACACUUUGCGUGCAGCCAAGCCAGACAACGGCCCCUUCGCUCAAUUCUCCGCCUGCACUCAUCCAACCGCAAGGCACCCUCUUGGCCAAUUCGGUCUGAU